UUCGAGGAAAGGUUUUCAGUGUGUUUCUUUAGCCCUGUUCAGUAGGAGGGUUCGCUGUGGCUGCGGUGCGCUCGUGCGAAAGAGCAGUCUGUGGGGAAUGCUAUGGAAGCAAGUUCGCAAGAGGAAAUCAGUGUCGAAGAUGAGGCUGUGGACAAAAGCUGCUUUAAGUCAUGCAAUCAAAUUGCUUUCUAUAGACGUCAGAAACUUUUAUGUCCCGGGAAGUCAUUAUAUCAAGCCUUGCUAGACACAGUGGAGAUAUCUGACAGCGGUGUCAAAUUUCAGAUUAUCAAUGAAGAAAGCAAGGUUCUUCUGUUGGUAGAACUUUAUGAAAUAGAGGGAAAUAUUUUCAGACUUAAAGUUAAUGAAAUAGCACCAUUGAAACCAAGAUAUCAAGUCCCUGAUGUUCUCAUAAAAGAGCCUGCAAACCUCAAGCUAACAAUAUCACAAAAAGAUGCAAAUGAGCUUGUGUUAUCUUGCUCCAGUGAAGACCAGCAGCUUUACAUCACAGCAAAUCCAUUUCAGAUACAGCUUGUUUCCAAGGAUGAGAUUGUAUUGAGCAUGAACGCAAAUGGCCUGUUGUGUUUUGAACACCUGCAGCAUCCACCGCAAAUCAGGAACUCUACAUUGCAUAAAAAGACAGAUGGAUCCACUGACUGUUCUGAGGAAAAUCAAGAAGACUUGGGACAUUGGGAAGAAAAGUUUGGUAGAUUUUUAGACAUCAAAGCCAGUGGUCCCACUUCUGUAGGUCUUGAUUUUUCUUUACAUGGAUAUGAGCAUGUUUAUGGAAUACCUCAACAUGCAGAGAAUCUUCUGCUUAAAAAUACCAGUGAUGACAAUGUCUACCGGCUUUAUAACCUUGAUGUCUUUGGGUAUAAGAUCCACAGCAAAAUGGGCAUUUAUGGUUCAGUGCCAUUGCUUUUGGCACACAAACCAGACAGAACUAUUGGGAUCUUCUGGCUCAAUUCCUCUGAAACUCUAGUGGAGAUUGCUACCAAAGCUGCAGUGGAGGAACAGAACAACUCAGCUGAAUUCAUCUCAUGUGCUGAGGUCUCCAGAACUUCUGACCAGUCAAAACAGAGAGUGCUGCCUCAAACUGAUGUGCGCUGGAUGUCAGAAAGUGGAAUCAUUGAUACUUUCAUCCUAAUGGGACCCUGUCCUUUUGAUAUUUUUAAGCAGUAUGCACAACUGACAGGUACUCAGUCCCUGCCUCCACUCUUCUCCCUUGGCUACCACCAGUGUCGAUGGAACUAUGAAGAUGAGAAUGAUGUAAAACAGGUUGAUGCAGGUUUCGAUAAGUAUAGCAUCCCUUAUGAUGUUAUAUGGCUUGACAUUGAGCACACUGAUGGCAAGCGGUACUUCACAUGGGAUAAGAAGAAGUUCAGCAGUCCUGGCAGGAUGCAGAAGGAACUUAUGAAGAAGAAACGCAAGCUGGUUGUCAUCGUGGACCCGCAUAUCAAGGCUGAUCCUCAGUAUGCCCUAUACGCGCAAGCUAAAGAAAAAGGGUAUUUUGUAAAAGAUCGUACAGGCAAGGAUUUUGAGGGCCUCUGUUGGCCAGGUCUUUCGUCUUAUCUGGAUUUUACCAAUCCUGAUGUCCGGGAGUGGUAUGCAGAUCAAUUUGCCUUCCAAAAUUAUAAGGGUUCUUCUGAGAUCCUUUUUGUCUGGAAUGAUAUGAAUGAGCCUUCAGUCUUCAAAGGAGUAGAACUAACCAUGCAGAAGGAUGCUGUCCACCAUGGUACGUGGGAACAUCGAGAGGUUCAUAAUCUCUAUGGGUUUUACCAGCAAAUGGCAACUGCAGAAGGACUGAUCAGGCGCAGUGGGCAACUGGAGAGGCCCUUUGUCCUCACACGCUCUUUCUUCGCUGGGUCACAGAAAUAUGGUGCUGUAUGGACUGGAGACAACAAAGCAGAUUGGAGUUAUUUGAAAAUCUCCAUUCCAAUGUUGCUUACAAUCAGCGUGGCAGGAAUUUCAUUUUGUGGAGCGGAUGUAGGUGGAUUUAUCGGAAAUCCAAGUCCAGAACUAUUCAUUCGAUGGUAUCAGGCUGGGGCGCUUCAACCUUUCUUCAGAGGCCAUGCAAAUAUGCGCACCAGGCGUCGAGAACCGUGGCUAUUUGGAAAAGAGAACACGCAAAUUAUCAGAGAGGCUAUCAAGGAGCGCUACUCCCUUCUUCCUUAUCUAUAUUCACUUUUCUACCGAGCUCAUACUGCUGCUGAACCAGUCAUGAGGCCUGUCUGGGUAGAAUUCCCCAAGGAAGUUAAAACUUUUGGCAUAGAAGAUGAGUACAUGCUUGGAAAUGCUUUGCUGGUAUAUCCAGUCACUGAACCAAAGGUCACCUCAGUCAGUGUCUUUCUGCCUGGUUUACAAGAGAUCUGGUAUGAUUUUCGAAAAUUUAGAAGGCUGGAAAGUCAAGGCACACUGAAGAUUCCGGUAACAUUGAAUAAUAUUCCUGUGAUUCAGCGUGGGGGAACUAUUAUACCACUAAAGACUUCUGUUGGAAAAUCUACAGAAUGGAUGACAGAUGUCCCUUAUGAACUCCAUGCUGCCUUAGAUUAUAAGGAGUCUGCCACAGGUGAGCUGUACCUGGAUGAUGGCCAUUCAUUCCAGUAUCUCCAUAGGAGGCAGUUCCUGCUCAGGAAGUUCACCUUCCAUGAGAAUGUCUUCUCAUCCAGGUGUGCAGACGAGAAGGGUCAGUUCCAUACAAAAUGUGUAGUUGAACGAGUACUGAUUUUGGGAAUUAAAAAGCAACCUUCUUCUGUGAUAGCCACAAUCCAUGAUGGAAAAGACAAAAAAGUGGCUUUUGCUUAUGAUGCCGAGAGCUCUGUACUGACCCUAAAAAAACUUUCAUUAAAUGUUAGCGUUGACUGGGAGAUUGAAAUCAAGUGAGAAGAUGCACUGAGACUUCAGAGAAGUGUAUGAAAUAACAGCUUGGAUGCCACUAACAUUUUACACCAACUGGAGGAUUGCUGCCUGCAGAGUACACCUCCCUGCUUCUGGCUUUGCCCUGCUCCCUAAAAUGCCACUCCUGGGAGAUGGGGCCCCCAUCCCCCACAGAAAUAGUGUAUUUCGAACACAUGAAUCUGGUUUUAAUACUGUGUCAAAUCCAUAUUGUCUGCUCUGAUUGGCUGCAGUUUUCUGAGUCUUUCGCAGUCAACUUUUACUCAGUGUUUUUAAUGGGAGAUUUCACAGCUUGAAUACAGGGCCCUUCUGCAUGCAAGGUAAAUAAACUGGUAACCCCAAUACUUCCCCCAGUAUUGGGGUGGGAUUUAAGGUAUUUUCAGCAAGAAGAGGGAAUUGGAAAAAAUCACCAGCCACUUUGGUCAGCAAAAAUGCUUCAUAGUACCCAACCAAAUGAUUUGGGUUAACUCAGCGUGUGUGUGUGUGUUUUAUUUUUUCCAAUCAGUCCUUUAAAUAGAUAAAAGUCAAAUAUUCACAGGAUGGACUUCAUAGAUUUCUAUUAAUAUUUUUCAUGAGUGACAACCUUCUGCUACUUCUCAAAUGUUUGUACAAGUAUGUUCCUGACAAAAUCUGUGGGCUUGUGUGAACAGCAGCUGGUGGACAAAGAUGAAGAGACACAUUGUUUUUGAAUGCUUUCUGGCCUGGUAGUGUGCCAACAGAAUACUGCUAGACAGAGAGUCCCACAAAAGGAACCUCACAAUUAGUCUGCAGAUCUAGCGUUACUUACACUUAGUUUUUGAGAAGGAAUAUAUAUGGAAUAAAGCAAGCCGGUAGAUUCUGACAACUAUACCGUGAUGCCAUGCCUACAGAGAUGGUUCAAGCAGAUUCUAAUGCACUGCAACUGAUGCUACCUGCAAUUAGACUUCAUAGGAAUGUUUCCCAGAACUGGGUGCAAAUAUAAUCAUGAUGUAUGGGGUACCCUUUAUUAGGCCCUAGCCUGAAAAUAACCACUUGAAGAUCCCAAAAUGCUUUAAUAUGAGGGGACUCGGACACAGAAUGCAGCAAGGGCCAGAUGGGGACCUUAUGCUAACAGUUCUGAAAAACAAGGAAGUCUGAUAGGACACAAUCAAGGAAGGAAGCUAACUAGAGGUGGGAUUUCAGCAGGUUCGCACCAUUUCAUCAAAACCAGUUGUUAAAAUGGUUCCUAUAAAUAACCAGUUGUUAAAUUAUUUGAAUCCCACCACUGGAGCUAACCUAUAAUGAAUUGUCCAACUUCUAUUUUGUUUUAAGGAAACACAGAUAAGUGAACAAAAAGUGUAAGUAAACAAGUGUAAGUCUCACCUCUGGUACCACUCCAAUAUCACUUCUGCUCAUGAGAAAGGUAGUAAAGGUCCAGGACUGGGGUGAUCUCAUUCCUUUCAUGGUCUGUUUGCCUUCAGGAUCCUAUCCUGGUCAUUGAGCUUCUGAUGGGUAAAUAUAAUCAUACUUACAUUUAGAAAUAUGUCUUUGACUAGUAAGGGUGGGAGGCAAGCGUUAUUUGAAAUUACAAUAGCUUCUGCUUUGGUUGAACUAUUUUAGUUUAUUAUUAUUUUCUUGGCAAAAUACUUAAUUUCUACAAUACAUUUCUUCACUGCCCACUUAGCCCUCUUCGGUGGGGCCUGAUCAUUCAUUCCCUAUUCAUUUAUCCAAUACACUUUUAUGUAACUACAUAUAUCUCCCACUUCCUUUUGGCUGCUUUUGUAGAGUGACUCUGUGAAUUCAAAGAGACUCAAUAAACAUUUUAAUUUGAAUCAAUUAAA